AUGCCAUUGAAUUGUGAGCUUGUAAUUGACCUAUUUAAUAACGGGGAAUGCUCGGAUAUUGAUAUCGAUGAGGCCGACGAGGAUUUUUGUCCACAACCAGGUGCUACUGAAGAUGAUGCCCAUGAAAAGGAAUCUCCUCCCUCACCAGACUCAAAAAAGAGUUAUUCUAGUUUAGUUCGUAAAGAGCAUGAAGGUGAUGGUCCAUCAAAAACAAAUAAACAGAAGAAAAGUAGGAAAUUCAAAAAGAAACCUAAACAAAACACACAAUUAAAAGUGAAGUUUGGACAACGUCGACGCAUUUGGAAAAAAAGUGAUUAUAUUGAUAAACCUCAUAACUAUCCCGGUCAUCCUAAACCGGACAAAGUUCAAUCACCAGUCGAAUAUUUUGGUGCAUAUUAUGAUGAGGAUUUUUUCGAAAACAUGGCUCUCUGUACUAAUCUCUAUUACAUGAGACAUACCGGCAAAGUUUUAAAUACUAAUAAACAGGAAAUUAAACGGUUGUAUGGAAUUCAUCUGUUGAUGGGUAUUCUUUCUUAUCCUAGAUAUGCCAUGUACUGGCGCAGGAAUAUAAGCAUCAAUAUAAUAACUUCUGCAAUGACAAGAGACAGAUUUUCUCUUUUGCGAAAUAAUUUACACGUUGUUGAUACGGAUACUGUGCGAGCAAGAGAUGCAGGAAAUCCUCUCUGGAAAAUACAACCAGUUCUCACAGCCGUUAAAAAUGGCUGUGAAAAGAUAUUGCGAGCUCCAGGUAGGUACUCAGUGGAUGAGCAAAUGAUUCCAUUCACAGGAAAAUGUCAUCUUCGGCAGCUGGUUAAGAACAAGCCCCGGCCCGUUGGCUUAAAAAAUUUUGUCGUCACAACCAGUGAAGGGCUGAUGGUUGAUUUUGAGAUAUAUUACGGCAAUAACCCUGUACUUGCUCAUCCACUGGGCCUUGGACCUGCAGUUGUUUUUCGGCUCAUACGAAGUGUUCCACGCGGAAGCUGCAUUUUUUUCGACAGGUAUUUUACGACCGUACCUCUACUUGAUACCUUGUCGCAGCUUGGUUUUCACGGAACCGGAACCAUAAUGGCCAAUCGCGUGCCUGAUCGAAAGGAACUGAGCUUAAAAGAAGACAGCAAAAUGAAAAGAGGCGAGAUAGAUCAAAGAGUUUCGAAUGAUGUCGCCUUGGUCAAAUGGAAGGACAGCAAAGACUGUUUUGGAAACAGUCAACACUGUUUUGCUGUCCUUCACCGUUGGUACAGCUAUUGA